GUGAAUUUUGCAAUGUCUCUAGGAUAUAAAUCAACUGCGUAAUUAAAUGCAUUUUGUGUGGAGUGGAUGUUGGAAUAAUCGAACAAAACGAAUCUCUUCAAUGAAUGACACGACGGUCUGAUAACACUGGCGAUUACAGCGAGCGUGCGCGGUAUGCGCGAGCGCGAGCCUCCCACGAGCGCAGCAGCAGUUGGAACGCUCUCUCGCGCCCCCAACAAUAGAGUGGUAAGUACCAUCGUCGCCGGGUAUAACGGGGACGUUUUCUUGCCAAUAAACGCCGUUUCCAUCUCGUCAUUUGAAAAAUAUUAUCUUUGUCUCACUAAAGCAAAAUUAACGGAUUCUAUUGUUUUACGAAACCUCAUUAUUGGUUGGAAUGCACCAGUUUUAAGCCAAUUCCACCAACAUCUACCCCGAGAUUCCCUUUAGAAAAAAGUGCAUGGAUUCUUCUCCGCCGCCUCUUCCACCAGGAGUACAUUUGAUAUCAGAGACACUACAAUCAUGGAACCGACCCGGGGAUUUAAAUUCUUGGACACAGCGGCGCGCUCUGCUGCUCACUGAGGAUGGGAAGAAUUUAAACGGAUUUCUACGAAACAUAUCAGGUAGUGGUGUCGCAGCAGAAGGAUGCCGCUGGUGAAGCGCACCAUCGAGCCCCGGCACCUGUGCCACACGGUGCUGCCGAGGAACAUCAAGAAUGAGCUGGAGUGUGUGACUAACAUCUCCUUGGCCAACGUCAUACGUCAGCUCAGCAGCCUCAGCAAAUAUGCAGAAGACCUAUUUGGAGAGCUGUUCAACGAGGCCCACACCUUCUCUUUCAGGGUCAACUCCCUGCAAGAGCGCGUGGACCGCCUCUCCAUCAGUGUCACACAGCUGGACCCCAAAGAAGAGGAAUUGUCUCUUCAGGACAUUACCAUGAGGAAGGCCUUCAGGAGUUCCACCAUUCAGGACCAGCAGCUGUUUGACCGGAAGUCGCUGCCCGUCCCGCUGCAGGAGAGCUUCGAGACAUGCGAGCGGCCGCCACCCCUCAACAUCCUCAGCCCCUACAGGGACGACGGGAAAGAAGGCCUGAAGUUCUACACCAACCCGUCCUACUUCUUUGACCUGUGGAGAGAGAAGAUGCUGCAGGACACAGAGGACAAGAGGAAGGAGAGGCGGAAACAGAAGCUGGAAAUGCCUUAUCUUGUGUGUCCCAAUGGCCUCAUAAGAGUCCUUUGCGAAACCCCUCCUCCUUUCCUCACAGCCCCAGAGUUGCAGGACCCCCGCAUGUAUGACCAGGUCUAUAGGUACUUAGACCUUCCAGGGCAGAUGAAGGCGAUAGAGCGCCCCCAGGAGCCGGAGAAGAUACCGCGGUUGCCUCACGAUCGGAAGAAGGAGUGGCAGAAACUGGCACUGGGCGCCGAGCUCGCCCAGGACAUUCCUGACGACAAACACAGGGAGGCCAACGGGUCUGCAGGUUACCACGACAACAGGGCUCCCUCGUACAUGGAACAUUUGGACGGGCCCUUCUCGCUGGCGGCGCUGCCCUACACCCAGAUGAACGAGCUGCUGAACCGUACUGGGGACAGAAUGUAUUCACGGCCCCACGACCCUCCACCGCCUCCACCCCUCAUGCACCCACUGGGAGAGAUCAAGCCACCCUCUGUGAUCAGUUCCAGUUCGGGGUUCUCCGACAGCAGACCCCAGUCUCCAGCCCGGACCGGAGGCUUCAACUCCUCCAACACUCCUCCUCCGCCGCCUCCCCCUCUCCCACCUCCUCCUCCCCCGUUGCCCUCCUCGAGCCUGCGGGGCACUCCUCCUCCUCCCAUUCCUCCUCUACCGGUCCAGCAGCAGCCUCUGGCUAUCCCGCCUGCCCCGGCUCCCCUCCAGAUCGCCCCGGGGGUGCUGCACCCGGCGCCUCCACCCGUGGCGCCUCCCCUUCACUGCUCCCCGGCCCAUCUCCAGCAGGUCCUGGACAGGGGCCCACCCGCGGGCUCCGGGGCCCAGUCGGACGGCAGCAUCCUGCCUCCUCCCCCGCCGCCUCCGCCUCUGCCCCACCCCGGAGCACGGGGCUCUUCGCCCUGUCACUCGGGCCCGCCGCCGUUGCCGGCCUUCCCCUCGGCAGGAGCCAUGGCCUCCCCGCCGCCGCCACACACCCUGCACGAUUUCGGGAGCAAGAGGCACCAUCCGGCCAAUCUGCCGCCCAUCAGCGACGCACGCAGCGUCCUGUUGGAGGCUAUUAGAAAAGGCAUACAGCUGCGGAAAGUGGAGGAGCAGCGAGAGCAAGAGGCUAAGCACGAGCGCGUCGGCAACGACGUGGCCACCAUCCUGUCACGGCGCAUCGCCGUGGAGUACUCGGACUCCGAGGACGAGUCAGAGUUUGACGAAGGCGACUGGAUGGAGUGACGGCGAUCGAAGGGAUGGAAGAGAGGGAAGAAAAAAAAGCAGCGUUGGAAGCAGAGGACAAAUGUGUUCAGGUGCCCCCCCCCAACCACUGCACUCCUCACCUCGUCAUCAAAGAGACCGUUGUACUCUGGAAGGGAGUGAAUCAGCGUUGUUGCCCACUUUUUCUUUUUUAAUCGCCGUCCCGUGGUUCGUGUUUCAGAGUAGAAUCUCCACUUGGCCGUCGCUCUUUCUAGUGUUUCAGAAGGAAGUUUUUGCAUUGAUUCUUUUCUGCACUACCACGUGACUUUUUUUCGUCUACUAUUGUUAUACAUGAAAAUAUUUUUUUUUUUUUAAGGAACCACUUGUUUUUGUUUCUUAUUGUACGUCGAUGUGAAGAAAUAAAAAAAAAAAAAUACGAGGAAAAUGGAAAAGGAAUAAAUAAAGGCAUGUUGCAUUUAUCCUUGGUUCUCCAGCGUUUGGCCACCUGGUGGCUAAAUGUGGCAUUGAAUGAAUGCUGUUUUAUUUUACUGUCUUUUAUUGACCUUUUUCUGCUAAUUAAUUUGCAGUUUUAACGGGUCAGUAGUUGUUGAUGCUGACCCCUUCAUGAAACAGUCCCUCGGUGUGGGUUGUCUUUUUGAUUUCUCUUGUUAUCAGGACUUUGACUUUUAACCACUCGGAACAAGCAAACGAUUGUGCUGGUAUGUCAUGUGACGAUUGCUGUACGGUUGAAAUUGAAGGAGAAUCACAUGUCUGCGUCAGGCCACACGCGUGCAUAUCCAUCCACUUACAUCUAACUUUGACCCCCCCCCACCCCCCAGGGAAAUGUAUGCCAAGAGAUUGAGCGUUUUUGUCUGUCCAGCAUCUAUGUUGACAUCAGGGAAUGUCAGAGGUAAACGCUGAGCCGGCGUUUUUUUUUUUUUUUUGGUUGCAUACUGAGCUCCCAUCCUUUUCUUUUUUCUUUUUUUUUUGCCGUAGAAAUGGAAGUGUUUAGAUGCUGUAGUUGUACAUCCGCUUCCCUGUCCUCGAUGAAUACUGAGGAGGAGAACUUUUGAAUUCUAAAGUAGGUACCGAGUCUGACCGACAUCAGAUGCAAACCACUCAACAGCACUGAAGGCAGCUCUUCCCUCAGUUCCCCCCCCCCCCCCCCGUGCAGUGCACCUGGCCGCUAACGAGAAGCCUCUUUACCUCGUUUGGUUCCACAGCAGCAAAAAGAAUACAUUUCAGGCCUGAAAGACAAAUACAUUACGCCUUGUUUUGGCUCAUUUCAAAGAAAAUGUCUGCCAUCCUUUUCUGUUUGUUUGUUCUUUCUUCUACUUGCCUUAUUGUUCGUACAAAACGUAUCGUUGAGUUGAUGAAUGUACCGUGCUGUUACUACUUACUUGCCUGCGCUUGUAUGGAUUUGCUGUUUCUAUGUUUGGGGGGUAAAAGAAAUGUGGGACAGAAACCCUGGUUUAAAAAAAGAUUAGAUCAAUACUGUAUACCAUGUAACUUAUGUAACUGUUGACUGUAACAGUUUGCUUGAAUUAAUAAAAAUCUAAUGUUUA